UGCUUUUCCAGUCAGUUUUCAGCUUCAGUUAUUGUUAGCCAUUAUAUCCAAUGAGCGAAUAUGCACAUGACAAAGCGUACGAUUGCUUAGGUGAUGUUAACGCCACCUCGUUUGGCGCCCAAAGUAAACAAAACUUUUAUUUUAAAAGAGCAAAUUACGCAUUUCCGUUGUUCGUGUGGCUAACUUGCCUCGGUGCUGCCGUCGCUAGUUAAACAAACAUGGCUCUGCUACAUUAUCAGACAACAUAUCUUAAUGAUACGUAGGCAAAUGAUAAUGCGACGAUCAAUGAGGAACGGGCCGACUGUACAGCUGUAGAUGGGGACUCGGUGUUUUGUGACGCUAGUUAGCUUGUUGUAGCCUUUUGUGACCGCAUUUACACUCAGCUAGGUUAGCUUCCUAGUUGGCUAAUGCAAGCUAGCAAAAUGGACCUUGGAACAAUGUUGUACAACAAUUUAAAAGAUGUUACGUGGAGCACGACGUCCCUGCCAUUGGAUCAACUCGUCAGUGCUUACAGACUGCCUCAAAUUGUCAAGCUGGACAAUGGUCAGUUGGUGGAAGGUUUGAGAGACAAUGACUACCUCUUGAUUCAUUCCUGCCGUCAGUGGACGACUAUUACUGCCCACAGUCUUGAGGAGGGACACUAUGUCAUUGGGCCCAAAAUAGAGAUCCCAGUGCACUAUGAAGGUCAGUUUAAGCUACUGGAGCAGGACAGAGAUGUCAAGGAGCCCGUGCAGUACUUCAACAGUGUGGAAGAGGUGGCCAAAGCAUUCCCUGAAAGAGUAUAUGUCAUGGAGGAAAUAACUUUCAAUGUCAAGAUGGCUUCAGGGGAAUGCAAUGAAGACACAGAAGUUUACAACAUCACACUUAGCACCGGGGAUGAGCUUACAUUAAUGGGCCAAGCUGAGAUCCUCUACGCCAAGACCUCCAAAGAAAAAUCAAGAUUCAACACCAUUUUUAAAAAGAUCGGGAAGCUGAACUCCAUCAGUAAGAUCGGUCGGAGCAAGAUGCCUUGCUUGAUCUGCAUGAACCAUCGCACCAACGAAAGCAUCAGCCUGCCUUUCCAGUGUAAAGGCAGAUUCAGCACUUGUAGUCCUCUGGAGCUUCAGAUGCAGGAUGGUGAACACAUCAUCAGGAACAUUGUGGAGAAAACCCGUCUACCAGUCAACGUAACGGUACCCAGCACACCGCCUCGCAACCAGCAUGACCUCCACCUCAUCCGUGAAGGUCAUCGCUACAAAUUGGUCAACAUUCAGACAAAGACGGUGGUUGUGUGCUGCGUUUUGCGAAGCAACAAAAUUAUCCCCAUCCAUUUUCCCUUUCACAUGGCCAUGCCCAGAUUUAUUAUUCCAGAAGAACUGCUGCAAGGAGAGUUGUGGCUAGAUACUAUGGUGCAUCGCUGGUUCUCCUUCUGUCAGGACCAGUUUGACAUUGACGACUAUUCCCGUGCUGUGCGGGACGUGCGGACAGACUGGAAUGAUGAGGGUAAGAGUCCAAGGAAAGGCAGCGGUAAUGGUAGUUGCAGUGGAAGCAGCGGAGGUAGCAGUACCUCCAACGGGUGUCCCAGCAACAUGCAGAUUCCCAGCUCUUUAUCUUACGCCAGGGAUGAGCUCACCCAAUCCUUCCACCGACUUUCUGUGUGCGUGUACGGCAGUAAUCUACAUGGAAACAGUGAGGUCAACUUGCAGGGCUGUAUGACACUCUGUGGGGAUUGGGCUCUUCUUCCCUCUGAUUGCAUUCCGUCAGACUCGGGAGAGAAUGAACAUUUUUUCCCUGAGUUGCUGGACAGCACAAGCCAACAACCGCCCUUCAACAAGUCUGAUGUUCCGUAUGAGGAGUUGUGGUUGGAUCACUUGAGAAGUCAAAUCCCCAAACCCUCGUUAAGUGAGGGAAUCAGAGGCAUUAACAAUGGCUGUGGAACAACAGCAGCCAUGUCAUACCCUGUCACUUGUCCUGUUGGGUCAAUAACCAGUUCAGAUGUCUCUCUUACUCCACCACCGGUCCCACCAAAGUCUGAAGCUGUGAAGGAAGAAUGUCGUCUUUUGAAUGCUCCACCAAUCCCUCCGCGAGGUUUGAAACAGAUGCCGUCUGUGCCCAUCCUGUCAAAACCACGACAGAAAGAGACUCGCUCUCCAAGUCCAACCCUCUCUUAUUACUCCUCUGGUCUCCAUAAUAUAAGUGGAGCGUGUGAACAAGAAGCAGCCGACCCACAAGAGCAAAGCCAUGUGUGCUACCCGUGUAACUGGGGUAAAUCCAACAGCACCGAGCCAAAUACUUUGCCCAGCAGCAGCCUGCCAUCAGACGGGAUGUCAUCCAGAUUGUCUUGGCCAAAUAACUUCAGCGGAGGAGAAUCACACUGCAUGGAGGAAUUUCUACCGAGCAGCUGUCGGAGUUACUACAGUUAUCCCAGAAAAAGGUCCCCGAGCACCCCAAAAACCUGCACGUCGAGUCUCGUCGACUUUGAUGGCCGAGAACACGCACUGAGCAGUAAAGACUUUCGGUUGCAGAACGCCUCUCUGAGUCAAGUCUGCACAAAAUCCUCAAGUUACAAUUCAGAAGUGUACAGAGACAAGCCGAUAGAAGAAUCCAACACUAAGCAGAGCCUCUCCUGUCCCAUCUUACCCCCGAGGACGCCAAAAUCAAACGCUGUAAAGAAGUGCACAGACGCGCCGUCAGCGCCGGGCUGUGACAGUCAGCAGGACAACACAGAAUGUUCACUUACACAACACGAGCAGAGCACCAAAGAGAUUUAUUCCAUCUCUAACUCAUUAACUCCAGAGAGUCCGUCCUUGUCGCCCACUACACAGUGGCAGCCCCCGUCCAGCCUGGCAGGCCUCUCCAUCGAAGAGGUGUCGAAAUCCCUGAGAUUUAUUGGCCUGACAGACGACAUUGUCUCCCUUUUUGUGUCGGAGAAGAUCGAUGGGAAUUUACUGCUGCAGCUCACCGACGAGAUCUUGUCGGAGGACUUCAAGUUAAGCAAACUGCAGGUGAAGAAACUCAUGCAGUUCAUAAAUGGAUGGAGGCCCAAGAUCUAACUUAUUAACGACACUAAAUCCUGCUGUGAUGCGGAGUCAUGCCUUCAGUAUAUAUGCUAUGCACACAACGCCACAAAGAAUUUCUUUUGUUGAUAUUCAUUUUAUGUUUCUUACGAUAUUGUGGAGAAGAUUGUUGGGUUCUUCCCAGCCCACUUAAAAGUUCUGUAACUCUAUGAAAUCAUGUGGCACUUUCAUGAAGACAUUGUCAUAUUUUUCCAUUCAUGGCCGCUGUAGUGUUCGUGUCAUUACGCAAACCAUCAAUUUUAAUCGAAAAUAAAAACACUAUUUAGACGAGGAUAGAGAAAAAAAAAUAAUAAGAAGAAUCUAAUUGACGAGGACUUGUUCUUAAAGGGGAUUAUUAAAGAAUAUAUAUUUUUUCAAUUCAAAUAGCUUUAUUUGCAUAAAGAAAUAAUAUGUCUCUUAUAUGACUUUUAAAAGGGCACAAACCAGAGAAUGGGCUUUGACAUUAUUGUGUAAUUUACACAUGAAAACCAAUAUAUAAACACUUUGCAGGUACUUUUAUCUUCACCCACCCCAAGGCAUUAAUCUUACAUCUCUUCUUUUGUAUGCAUAUGUAUGCAUUUACUUAGUAUUUUGUAUGGGAUUUGUUCUUGCAUGUUUUUAAUGACACUAAAGUUACUGGAAAUCAAAUUUGUGAACUUGACAAAUGCAAACAGUCGAUUUAAUUCACGACUGUGUAUUCAAAUAUUUGUGGUCUUUUAAAAGUCUACUACCCCUUUAAGCUUGUCUCACGCUGAGCUCCAUCAGAAUCUGAAAAUCUGUUUUGUUUGACUUUUACAAAUCACAAAACUCUGCCUUCAUCCUACAAACCUGUGGUAUCUUAUUAAUGUAUUAUUCAUUUGGCAGUUUGUAAAAUUGAAGUGGGUCAGUGGCCGUGCCGGUAAAGAAGAGUUUUUCUCUAUAAAGAAAUUGUGUAUGAAUUAUUUUUUAAAGCUAAAACAAAACCCACAUUUCUUUUGUACUUCAGUCUGGUAUCACUUUGCACCAUUACGGUUUACGGUCUCCUUUUUACAAGAUGAGUUGCUGCACACUUUUAACACAAUUGGGCUUUUGUUAGAAAUCUUAGUGUGAUGUCGUUCUAUUCAGAACUAUGGUAAUUAAGUGUGAGCUAAAUCAAACGAUUGUCUUUGUCAACUCUUCUCAUUCAAGCUCUUAUUUCCCUUUAAUGCCUUUUUGUUGUUGUUAAAUACAGCAACUAUACUAAUUACUCUAACCUGAGAAGAGUCUCCACUAACUGGAUGUCUAAAGUCCUCACUCGAACACUAACGUGGUUGUUCUACGUUAACUACAAAUUACGCAUCAUGCACUUUGUUAGAUUUCAGUCUAAUUAACUGCAAUUAUGGUCAUUAAAUAUAAAAAGAAGAAGUGUCUAUGAAGAGAGAGAGAAAGAGAGAAGGGGGGGUGAAUGCACUACAUUUUCAAAAUUAAAACGGUACGUCUCCUCAUUGUAUGUAUUACAAGUGUACUCUAAUACAAGACAUGAGGAAAAGCUUUUCUGCGCCUUAACCCAGAGACCUUAAAAUAUGUUAUUUCAUCUUGGCUUAACAUUUUCAUUUUGCCCGUGUUUCAACAUCUCACUGAGGGAAUGUUAAGUUUGCAUUAUGACCCUCGGAGGCAUGCAAACCUAAGUAGAAAAUUAUCUGCUCAUGUAUUUGGUACAUUUUGUCUGUAGCUUCGAUUCGAUUUGAGUCGAUUUAUUUAUGCAGUUAUUUAAGACAACAAAAUAUGCAGAAAAGUUAUUCUGUGGCCAUGUUUAGGGCUGAUUUUAUUGAAGGUGCCUCAGUCACAAUGGCUUCUAUAAAACCCCAGGUCUCAUCUGUGUUGGCUGUUGUUUUCUGUCACUUUUUUUGCAGUGGGUUGUUACAUGUUGUACUUGGUAUUUUCAUUUUGUAUGUAAAAUGUAAGUUUAAAAAAAAAAAAAAAAAAAAUAUUGUUGAAAUUAUUUUUACAGAGGAAAAAGCUUCGUUCAAAUUCGUUUUUUUGUUGUUUUUUUACUCUGAAAAACUUGGGUUGUACUUGGGUUUACAUAAAUGCACGCAUUAAAGCAACGGUCACUGAUCAAGAAGAAGAAGAAAAAACAAAACCUGCCAGUCUCAAUCACACUACAUGGACAGUGACCCCUCUCACAAAAAAAACAAACCAAAUGUUAAUAAGCCACGUGUCCAGUUUAUUUUCUAACUUAGUCACAGUAUGGAUGUUUUCAUGGGGAAUGGUAUGUGUCUGUGGACACUGUGAUUGUAUGGUGGUUUAUUUCCUAUGCAAGAAACAUGGGACUCAUAAGAGACCAUGGAGUGGAACAACAGAGCAGCAGUGGAGUCUUUGUACGUGUUGAAAUAGCCACAGUGUUAAUUUCAGCAGCUAGUCUGGAAUUUUACUUGAAUAUUUUAAUUGAAUAAUUCUAAGAUAUGAACUGUGAACACACGCCUGUUGACAUACACUACCGUCAUCACACAGUGAAUGCUGAAGGGCUUUCCAUGUUGGUGACACCUGUCGGCUCUGGGCUGAGGCUGAGAUUAGUUUUUUUUUGUUGUUGCCAUUUUGGUGCAAAACAAGAGGGAAAGUGCUGUGACACUGGGUUUGUUAACAUUUAAAGGGGAGUUAUGAACAGUUCUCUAUCAACUUAACUCUCGUUGCCUUGUAUUUGAUUGAAUAAUCUAUUAAAAAUGGAUUAACUGA